AUGGGUUCGCCCGAGAAGGAGGAGGACCCCUGGCGGCGGAUCCAGGCCGAAGCGCCGGAGGUCGAACACUGGUGGCUCGCGGAGGUUGCCAGUGGAGAGGACAAGGAGAGCUCCCGAGACCGGGCGAGGCCCAGCCAGCCGGGGCGGCUGGCUGCGCGCCUGGUGGUGCGGGAGUCCGGCGCUGGCGUGUCGCUCCUGUGGUGCGAGGGCGAGGGUUACCUGGUGCAGGAGAUCGAGGACUCGCCCGGGCAGCCGGAGCUGCGGGUGGGCGAUAUGCUGCAGAGCAUCGGCGCUGUGCAGCUGCGCGACGCCCGCAGCGUCAUAGAGGCAGAGGCGCGCUUUGCCUCGGCCUUCCAAGAUGGAGCCUUGCUCGAGGUCCAUCGCCCCUGCUUCAGCGUCACUUUGAAGGUCCCGAAAGGCGGUGCUGGCUUGGCGCUGGUCUGGCACCCCCCGGAGGGAUACCUUGUGGAGGCGGUGGAGUCAAUCCCUGGGCAGCCUGACUUGAGGGCGGGAGAUGUGCUGCGGCGUGUGGGCGCCACGGCACUCGGGGGCUUUGCCACGCAGCAAGCGGCGGACCGCGCGCUGGCGAGCGCCCUGAAGGACGGUGUCACUGCGCGAGUUUACAGGCCCAGCUGCGACGCGCAGCUGGGGGACCUGGUGGCCGGAGCGGAGCUGCUCCUGCCCUCGGUGGGCGUGGGUACUUGGUCCUGGGGCAACGAGUCCUUCGGUUCCACGCCUGAGGCUGCCAAGGAGCCAGUGGCGCAGGCCUUUCACGCGGCUCUAGGCCGCGGCUGCUACUUCUUCGACACGGCGCCCACCUAUGGGCGGGGCUUCGCCGAGGAAAGCUUGGGCUACCAUUGCAGCCACGGCCACUAUGCCUUCGUGGCGACGAAGCACUUCCCGCGCCCGGGCCGGGAGUUGGCGAAGGCCGUGGUGGCCACAGCCCGGGAGGCUGCCUCGCGACUCCAGCUGGAGGGGCCCGUGGAUCUCCUUCAACUGCACCGCCCUGCGGAGCCCCCGUGCUCGCUGGAGGCCCAAGCAGAUGCCCUUGCAGCUGCCGUCAAAGCCGGCGCUGCCAAAGCAGUGGGUGUCUGCAAUUUUUCCCUGGCCGAGCUGAGAGCGGUGCAUGGGCGCCUGAGAGCGGUGCACGGGCUGCGGCUCGCCAGCUGCCAGGUGGAGCUGUCCUUGGCCCGUCAGCUGCCGGUGGCCUCCGGCCUCGUGAACGGCUGCCGGGAGCUCGGUGUCAUCGUGCUGGCAUACUCCCCGCUCGCCAUGGGCCGACUAAGCGGGCGCUACGGCCCGGACGGGCCGGCCCCAAGCUGGUGGGAGCGCGGGAAGCGCAAGCCGCGGCCAUUCGGCGCCAGCCUGGACCAGGAGACCCCCGCCUGGCGGGAGCUCCUGGCUGAGCUGCGGCAGAUGGGCCAGAAGUAUGGCAAGACCGUGGCGCAGGUAGCCAUCAACUGGGUCUUGUGCCAGGGCGCGGUGGCCAUUUGUGGGGCACGAGAUGGGCGCCAGGCGGCUGAGAAUGCGGGGGCCAUGGGUUGGCGUCUCAGCGCAGAGGAUGCAAUGGCACUUGCUGCGCGGGGCGCUCGAGGAAAGACUUCAGAUUUUCAGCAUGGUUAG